AUGCUAAGUUUUAUAUCUCACCGUGGUGAUGAAUUUCUCAUUUGGGUGCAUUCCCUGAGCACAGAAAUAAUGUUGAUUACAAACAGUAUGACAGAAUUCAUUUUACUGGGGCUGACAGAUGAUCCAGCAGAGCAGAAAAUCAUUUUUGCAGUCUUCAUAAUUCUCUACGUUGCAACUAUGUUACUCAUUAUAGUAACUAUCAAAACCAGUCAGACUCUUGAAUCUCAUAUGUACUUCUUUCUGAGCUAUUUGUCCUUCUCUGAUGCCUGUUUUUCCACCACCACGACCCCAAAAUUUCUCGUCAUCACCCUCUCUGAGAAGAAGACCAUCUACUUCAAUGGCUGUAUAACUCAGAUCUUUGCCCUCCAUUUCUUCAGCUGCUUGGAAACACUGAUCCUCAUUAUGAUGUCGCACGAUCGCUAUGUGGCCAUCUGCAAACCCCUGCAUUACACAGCCAUCAUGAACAAGUGUGUCUGUAGCAUCUUGGUGGGAAUAGCCCUGUUUGGGUCUUUUCUGCAUUCUUCUACCCAGAUUUUACUCACUCUCAGUUUACCCUACUGUGGCCCUGAUGUGAUCAAUCAUUUUUUUUAUGAUUUUCAACCCUUGAUAAAACUCGCCUGUGCUGACACUUACUUUGUAAACCUGCUCUUUUUGUUUCUAAUAGUGGAGCUUCUGUACCUUGCGUUUUGUAAUGCUCAUGGCUUCCUACACGGUUAUCUUACCCGGCCUCAGAUCACCUUCUCUGUGGAUAAAUCAGUGUCAGUAUUCUGCACAAUUGUUACUUCCUUGUUAAACCCUUUGAUCUACACUCUGAGGAACACAGAAGUGAAGAAUGCCCUGAGAAAGUUAGACUUCAUGAUCAUAAUCGUCUCCCUGUUCACCAUUCGUCUAUCAAAUCAAGGUCUGCUGUUCCAGGAAAGUGACAUUGAUUAA